AUGAAACAGAUUCGAACUACUGAGCCAGAUCUUAGCUCGUCUGGAGAUAUGGUGAUUGAUGUGGGUUUUGGCUCUCAUCCUCUUGUGAUUUUGAAUUUUAGAGAUUCAGUUUUGAAACAAGGUGGGCAUGGCUCUACCCGACUUGGGCUUACAAGGAUGGAGGAUGAUAAAAUCACAAUUGAGGCUGAAGAUUUUAUUGUGUCAAAAGGUGAAAUAGGCCCAAGCAUUAAGUUUUCUGAACAUGUUAAAGAACGACUCUACCGGCCUUGGCGAACCUCCAUCAUCAUCAAGCUUAUGGGUAAGUCCCACACGUAUAAUUUUGUCCUUGCUCGUUUGCAACAUAGAUGGGGUAUGAUUAAGGGUCCUUGGAAGCUAAUUGAUCUAGAAAAUGGCUUCUUUAUUGUGAGAUUUGUGCUUGAAGAGGACAUGAAAGUAAUUUUGUGUGGAGGUCCAUGGGUAAUUACUAGGCAAUACCUAGUUAUGCAACGCUGGAAGCCUGGUUUUGACCCUCUGGUGGAACAAGUGACAAGGAUGACUGUGUGGAUUCGUAUUAUUGGUCUUCAUGUUGAAUGGUUCCGUCCUGAGGCCAUGCUCCGUAUUGGGGAUUUACUGGGCACCACAUUCAAGGUUGACUCCAAUACUGUUCCCCAGGUUCGUGGGAAAUAUGCAAGGGUGUGUGUUGAGAUAGACUUAACCCAACCUCUGAAAGCUUUUGUUCAAGUGGAGGAUAACUGGUAUGGCUUGGAAUAUGAAGGCAUUCAUUUGGUGUGCUUUACUUGUGGGUAUUAUGGUCACAAUAAAAAUGUUUGCCCCUCGGUGAUUAAGGCUCCUCAUACUGAUAAUGUCCACAAUAUUAUCCAACCCAUGGAUGAAGUGGUCCUGAGUGGUUCUCCCCUCCCUGUUAAUGAGGCAAGCUCUUCUAUUAAGCUUCAGAUGGAUCCCCAUGAGGCUAAGAACACCUUGAUAGGACCUUGGAGCUUGGUCCAAAAUAGGAAGGGUAGAAAGCCUUUUAAGGCUAGUGUUGACUCAAAGGCUAAAAAGAUUACUCCAAAGAAAAAUGAGGUUCAAGAUGAACGAGGUGCUUACCCUUCUGGGUCAAGGUUUGAGGCCUUAGAUAAUUCUAAUAACAGAGUUGAAGCUCAUGUUUCUAUUCGGAAUGAGGUUAUUGAGGAUGUAACCCAAUUGCAGAUUGAGCCAAAAAAUGGGUAUACUAAACCUUCCAAGUCUAAGGGUCAGAAUAAGUCUAAAGGUAAAUCUCACCAGGCUCUGGGUGAUAUCUCGAAUGAUGGUGUAGUGAAAAAUACCCAUAUUGGUUUUGAGAACAAUAAUUCUUGUGCCUCCACUUGCAAAGUUAGCUUGGUUGCUCGUUCUGAUUCUAAGAGAAAAUUAAAAGGUGUUGCGUCUGGAAAAUCGACAGGAUUUCAAGUCAGGAGUAUUGAUUUUCAAGAAGCCACGUUGGGAGACGUUGUGGCAAGUUUGAAAUCGAAGCUCUCUCCUAACUCUGGUAAGUUUAUUCCUCCUAUUUUACCUGAGGUUGAGCCUCAUGACCCAGGCCCUUCUGAAGAUAAAAUGGAUGAUAUUCCUGCAGAUGAGAUGGAUGAUGACCAUGGGGAUAACUAUGUCCCUCAUAUUACCAUUAAUUUGAAUGCUGCUAUACUAAAAAAAGCUAUGCUAGAUGUUAAAAAUGGAGUUUUUGGUGCUGCUUCUACUUUGGUAAUUGAACUCUUCCAGUCAACGAGAGGUGCAGGGAGUAAAAAAUUCCCUGGAAUUAUGAAAGAUCUAGUUAAAAUCCACAAGAUUGAGAUGCUUGUCAUUUUGGAGCCUAGAAUUAGUGGCAACACCGCCCUCAAUGUUAUUAAGAAACUUGGGUUUUCUAAGUAUCAUGUAGUCGACGCUAAUGGUUUUUCAGGGGGUCUUUGGAUGCUUUGGAAUGAGAAUGUAUCUUGCAUUGAUAUAGUUGCCUACUCUAGGUAG